GCGACAUCAUAUCCUCGCGACAAUAUAUCCGUGGCGUUAUAUCCGCGACAUUAAAUCCGUACAUGCUUUCAUAGUAGCCCAUCGUUUCAAUUUAAGUUGUGAAUUGUUUCUUAUUGUCUGUAGUACCGAGCAUAUCGUUAUUUUUAUUUUGUCAUUUUUGAUAACAAUGCCUUUGAAAUUCGUACAGUCGCAGUAUGGCAAUCCAAUGUUAAUUCAUGAUGGAUAUGUUUAUACUAAAAAAAGUGAAAAUGCUUCUGGCACCAUCACGUGGCGGUGUAAACAGUAUUCCAAGCAUUGCUGUCGUGUUGUGGUUCAUACAUCUUCUAAUAAGAAAACAGGAUCAAUUGUUGGUGACGUUCCUAACCAUCAUCAUUCUGCCGAUAUUUCUUCUGUCGAGGCUGCCAAAGUCAAGGCAAAUUUAAAGAAGCGUGCUAGGAAAUGUGACGAUCUGCCUAGUGUUUUAGUUGCCAAGUCAGUGAAGAAUGUGUCUGAUUCUACUGCAGCUAAGAUGCCUAAUGAACCCGCCUUGAAGAUGUUAUUUGGAAUAUAAUAUUGUUAUUAUUUA